GAGAGACAGAGAGAGAGACAGAGAGAGAGAGAGAGAGAGCGAGACAGAGAGAGAGAGACAGAGAGAGAGAGAAAACGCUGGGACGGGAAUCAAAUAGAGAAGAAUAAGACUGAUGUUGUCGUCUGAGAGAGUCACCGAGACGGAGAGAGAGGCAGGGAGCAGGCUUUAACUGGGCCUGAGUGUGUGUGUGUGUGUGUGUCUCUGUGAGUGUGUGUGUGUGUGUGUGUGUGUGUGUGUGUGUGUGUGUGUGUGUGUUGGAGGGCGAUCAGCUGAUUGGAGCACACAUGUUGGAGGGCGGAGCCAUGAUGGGCAAAGAUUACAUGUUGGCCAUCCUCAUAGUCAACUAUGACGACAACAUCUGGACAGACCAGAACCUGCUGCUGGAUCCAGACCUCCCCUCUGGAUGGAGAACCAUCAAAGACUCGACAGGAACGUACUACUGGCACGUUCCCACGGGGGCCACGCAGUGGCAUCACCCCCGCCUCAGUGGGACGCCAACGCUGCUCCACACACAGCAGGAGGAAGCUGGACAGGAGAGCACCGACGUAGAGACAGACGGAUCACCUGAGGCCAGGUCUUCGUGGCAUGAAGAUUAUCUCACCAACGCCGAGCCAAACUCCAAGUGUUUUGCAGUGCGGUCUCUGGGAUGGCUGGAGGUAGAGGAGGAGGACCUGUCUCCAGGUCGCAGCAGUCUUGCUGUCAGUAACGUCAUCCAGCAGCUGUCUCAAUGCACCAGCCCCGAGCAGAGAGACAGGCAGGGGGCCUGGGGGGAGGGCCGGGAGAUGAAGAUGGUUCUGAAGAAAGACACUCUGACGCUGUUGGACCCUUUAGACCACACCCCCCUGCACUCUCAGCCAAUCAUCAACAUCCGUGUCUGGGGGGUGGGCUGCAACAACGGCAGGGACAGAGACUUUGCCUUCGUGGCUGGUGAUAAGGACAGCUGUGUGUUGAAGUGUCACGUGUUUCGCUGCAACGCUCCGGCCAAAGCCAUCGCCACGGCGCUGCACGAGAUGUGCUCCAAGAUGAUGACGUCAGAGAAGACUCUGAUGCGGCCGUCUCGCUCCCUGACGAUGGACAGCAUCUCACCUGAAGACCUGCCCAGACAAGUGGAGUUUCUGGAGGCGGUGCGGCAACAGGUGCAGAAGUUUGAGGUCCAGUACAUCGGGAACCUGCCGGUGUCCAGAGCCAUGGGUAGGACAGAAUCACACCAACAUUCAGCAUCCCGACAGAGGAUGGAGGUGUUGAACCGGGCGAUAGAAAGCAUCAUGAACUCCACUGACAGAGACGAGUGGGAACCCACGGUGAUCCACGUCACUGACAACAUCCUGUCUCUCUGGAGGGGCCAGGAAGGGGAGGAGCCUGUGUGGGAGUGUCAGGUGCGUUUCCUGACCUUUCUGGGCGUCGGCCACGACAGCCACACCUUCGCCGUGAUCGUGGACGGCGGCACGCAGCGGUUUGAAUGUCACGUGUUCUGGUGUGAGCCGGACGCAGGAAACCUGUCAGAGGCCGUGCAGGCCGCAUGCAUGGUGCAGUACCAGAAGUGUCUGGUGGCUCAGACUCCGCCCCCGAGGACCAAGUCAUGGCGUGCGGCCGCGUCAAAGGUCAAACGGGCCAACUCCAUGGACGCCUUCCCUCCUCUCUCCUCCCAUCUCCAUGGCAACGGCAACAGCAGCAGCAGCAGCAGCAGCGCCACGGCAACAGUGCCCAGGGUAACCAAGGGCAACAGCAGGAAGGGGAUGUUGGCGUUCUUCGAAACCUUCCGUAAACAGGCCGCCACCUCCCAAUGACGGGGGGCGGGGCCAA